GGAGUCGACAUGGCCAGCAGCACAGGGAAGAUGGUGCUCCGCCUGGAGCUGGUAAAUCUUGAGAAGCCGCGGGAGGCCUUGCUGGAGGUGGACUCCUACCAGGGCGAGGUGACCCAGGAGGAAGAGCCCGAUGAGGUCGACCACCAGAGCGACACGCAAAGCUGGCACUGUCAUGGCUUCUCCUGGGGCAAGGGGAAAGGUGGCAAAGGCAAAUGCAAAGGCGGAAAAGGCAAGUUCGGUUGGCGUGGUGGCUGGGGCCACCAGGGCCAGGACCACCCCUGGUGGGCCUGGCGCGCCCACCGCCACUGGUCCAACGGCGAGCAAACGGAGUCCUGCCAGCAGGAGCAUCCGUGGUGGGCUUGGCACGCCCAGCAUUGGUCCUGUGAUGAGCCAGCAGAAUCCGUGGCAGCGGCAUUGUCCCCGCAGGCCUUGGCCAGUGCCGUGGUCUGCGCCCUUCCCCGCAUCUUGGCCAAGGUCCGUGAACAGGCGCCGGAAGCUAUUGGCCAGCCUCUCUGCGCAGCAUGGAACUUCUUGCCGGCCGUGGGAGAAGCCCUGCAGGAGCUUUGGUCCCUGCUGGGCCGCAACAAGCUGCAGAAAGCUGAGGAGCACUUGGCACGAUUCCUGGCUGAGGUGACCCCUUCAAAUGCGGGACACUUCUUGCUGUCCUUCUUCACCGAGUUGGAGGCCUUGGGCUUCGACGAGAAGCUGCAGUUGUUGGCAACAUUCUUCGAGUCCCAACAUGAUCGCCUGCGAAAGAUCCUGCAAAGGUUGGAGGACCGGCUGCCAUUCCUACCUGGCCUGUUGGUGCAUCACGGCGUAACCUGUGACGGCUGUGGCGCGAAUCCUAUCCUUGGCCCUCGAUUCAAAUGCCAGACGUGUCCGGACUAUGACCUCUGCGGCGCAUGCUACGCAAGAAAGACGGAGCUCCAUCUCGGCAAGUGCGCCUCGCACGACUUCGAAUGCAAGAUGUCGGAGGCCACGCACCGUUUGCACAUGAAGCUCAUGGCGCACGCGUCCAAGGCGUGUGGUCCCUUGGCAUUGGUGUUGAGCAUGUUCGGACAAGGCCAGAAGGGCAAAGGAAAGGCGAAGGGCAAGGGCAAGUGCGCGGCUGCAGAGGUUGUCCCAGAAAAAAGCAGCUCCAACCCUGGCACACAGGCCUCCUGCGCCACACCAGGCUGCAACUACCAGCCGACCUGGCAUAGCGAGUACUGCUGCAAGGCUUGCAAAAAGGGCUGUGGUGCCCAUGGACCCCGCUGCGACAAGGUCAGCAAUGAGGAUUCCGACAGGGCCGCGGCCCUCAACGCCAAGCAGGAUGCAAAGGAUCACACAAGCAGCGAGGACUCCGAUAGCAAGACCGCGCCGGCGCAAGGUAAGCGCUGCGCCACGGAGGGUUGCCAGUAUGAAGCCACACGCGGCGACCACUGCUGUAAGGCAUGCGAGAAGGGCAAGCGUUGUGGCCAUGGCCAGCGCUGCCAACACGUGAUCUUCAAAGGUGAGCCUGUGGUUAUGUGCAAGUGGGAGGCUGCCAAGCCUUGUGUUGCAUUGCCCGACAGCAGUGAGGAUUCCGACAGCAAGGCCAUGGAUGCAAAAGCCAAGCGCUGUGCCACGGAGGGUUGCCUUUACGAGGCUACCAAGGGUGAGUAUUGCUGCGGGGCAUGCGCCAAGGGCAAGCGCUGCGGUCACGGCCGGCACUGCGAGCACACUCUGUUCAAAGGCAACGAGCCCGAGAUCAAGAAGGUGGCCUGCAAGCCAUGCGCUGCCUCCGGAUGCAAUUAUCAGGUGACUUGGCAUGAAACCCAUUGCUGCUAUGCUUGCGAAGCCCAUGGGCCGUCCGCUCAUGGUCCCCACUGUGAGAAGGUGGAGCAGUAG